AUGUCUCGUCGGUAUAAAAACAAGGAAGAAUCCAUAAGUCGAAAUGCUCGGGCAAAAGAUUAUUGUGCAGAUGAUCAAUUGAUUAUUAUUGCUAAUCUAAGGAACAAAAGGAAAAAAAAACAAUAUAUAAAAAUAUGUGUCGACCUUGCAACAUGCGUGAAAAGAUUUAGUAGUGGAGGAUCCGAAAUCAGAGCCUGCUCUUCUGUGAAGAAUAUAGCAAAGAAAAUACAAGAAGACAACCAAAAAAAGAAUGAGGAGCAUGGCUUGUUUGAUAUGUGCUAUGAAACUGAUUCUAGGUGGUUCGUUCUGGUGCAUUUAAAUGUGAUUCGUAAUGAUCCCUUAACUUUUAAACGUUAUUUAAUUGAAUAUCCAGCUCUGGAUUCUACGAAAACAGAAGAAGUAAAAUCUGAACCUGGAAAGCACUGA